AUGUCUCUUUACUUUACAACAUGCACUUUGCCAGAUGAUGAUUACGAGGGGAUUGUGGAGUGGCUGAAACACCAUGUUGAGCCAGUUGAAACAGUACAAAAUUAUAUGGAAAAGACAUCAAUAAAACGUGCUGCUUGGGUUAGGGGGAUAAUGAGAUCACAGUUGAGACAAUCAUAAAGGAACACCCAAGGUUGUUCUAUACACGUGGUAUGGUAAGUAUUUCAUGAAAGCAAUUUGAAUUUUGAAAACAAUAUUUCACAUGAUAUUUGUGGUGUUACUCUGAGCGUAUAUCCACACCGGGCGAGCUUGAAAAAUAUGCCCAGCCACGGCGGGAUUCGAACUUAUGACCUUUGGAAUACUAGCCCAAUGCUCUUCCAACUGAGCUACACGGUCAGGACGAUUCGAGUAAGUGAUAUUUCGGAACAGAAUCUAGUUCCUUCAAUACCAAUGUUUUUUACAGAGUAACACCACAAAUAUCAUAUUCACCUGAGUACACUACACCAACACAGAAAAAAUUCAUAUUUGACAUUCAGAUAUAUUAUAUUUACCCCAAUUUAAAAUUUUACUCUCCCUGUCAGAGAUUUAGGAUUUCCCCUUGAAAAUAUGUACAAGCCUACAAGAUACUGGACUACUGAGUACUGGACAUGAUAAAGGCACAAUUUAAUAUAUGACAUCAGUUAAAAUAGAUGCCUGUUUUUUUCCCCACUUUUCCAGAUUGAAAUGGAUUUUGACUUACUCUUCAAGGAUGUGAAAGACAAUCCGUUCUUGAAGUGGACUCCGUCUUUCUCAGAGAAGGUUAUCAAGUAUGCCAACAGGCAAGGAAAUUGGAAAGAAUAUUUACAUAUUGAUCAUGAUAUGAAAAUUGACUCCGGUGUGUUCAAAUGGCCCAUUGAACCUGCCCAUAUUGGCCUGCCACACAGGCUAUGUUUUUACAGUGUAUACUAAUAUUUACGGUCGAUGCAAUGGAACUUAUGGAAGUGUUGAUAAAAUAUUGCACAAAUACCUUUCCUCAAGUUGAUCAAUUCAUUUGAUAGAAAAUUUAUCAACUUCCUGUUACUUUUAGAUGAGCCAAUUAGAUUUUGUUUCAGGACCGAUUGACCAAUAGGAGACGCACAGGAAGUACAAAGAAAUUUGAAUUCGUAUGAAUUGAUCAACUUGAGGAUUGCAUCGACAGUACAUAUAAAUACUAUAUGGCUAUUGGCAUUUUAGUUUUGUCUUUUGAUUUGUUUUUGUAUUUUACAUUUACAUUUCAAAUGAAAUUAAUGUUUCGAAUGAUUUCAUUUCUCAUUCCUAUUACCUUAAAUUCAUUUUAGCUUUCAUUGUAAUAUUUACACAUAUAUUUCUUAGAUGAAUGCAAGAUGAUUGUAUCACUUUGUCUGCUACCAGCCAUCUUGCCACCAGGCAGGCAGCAGAGCAAGAAGAGAUCCAGUGUGGACGAUGCCAUAAAGGCUUUCAUUAAUGUAAAACCUGUAAGUAAAGUUAGCCAUUUUACUCUUUUUUAAUAUAUUUUAACCCAUUAAGUGCGAGCGCUCUCCCCUUGACGAGUAAAGUUGUCUGGCGUUAGACAGAGUAAAAUCGUCUGGCGUUAGACAGAGUAAAAUCGUCUGGCGUUAGACAGAGUAAAAUUGUCUGGCGUUAGACAGAGUAAAAUACUAAAGUAGGGCACAUCGGGUGCAAUGCAACUCAAUGGGUUAACUAGACACAUGGGCAGAUAGGCCAGUUAAGCCAAUAAGCGCCAGCGCUCUCCCCCUGACGAGUAAAAUCGUCUGGCAUUAGACAGAGUAAAAUACUAAAGUAGGGCGCAUCAGGGUGCAAUGCGACUCAAUGGGUUAAUAUAUACAUUGGCUCUCAAUUUGAAUUCUUUGCAUGAUCAAGUUGGGUAUAUUGUUACAAAUUUGUUACUGUAAAAAUUUCAGGAUAUUUAUGUGGUCCAGCAAUCUCAUGUUUUAAAAAGGUAGCUGGGAUCUCUAGUUGUAUGCAUAUGUUAGCUGCUUGAUGGCCUCUGGAUAAUACAGAUUUUAUCUCUUGCACAGAAAACAGACAUAAGUUCCUAAGAGAGACAUAUUGUGUGCACUAGUUUACAAGUGUAAAGUCUGGCAUUUUUGUCUGUGUGAGACAUAAUAUUUGUAGGUGUAAUGCAUUGGCUCAUAUUUCAUGCAAUUUCAUUUUACAGACCUGUUCAUUAAUUCUACUACAAUUGUAAAACUACAUUGUGUAGUUUAUGUUACAGUAAUUUUCCCUUAUUUUUGUGUAGGUUGGUACUAAUCUUCCGAAGUAUUUGGAGGAAUCCCUCAUAUUUUGUUGCUCUUGGGCGAGAGGAUCAAGCCACAGCAAAUAUUUGUUGUCGUAA